AUGAGUCAUCGUAUCCACUCGACCGCCACAUUGCCGUGCACGUCUUCUGGUAAAGGCUGGAACUCUCCCCUCGAUGUUCAUCGCACAUGGCUCAUGAGCUCGUUCCUAGGUUCAACUCUUCCCUGCAAUGCCUUGCGUUCGGCGGCAGUUAGGUCGCCAAGGAUCCCACAGGAGCUGGCGGACUCUAUCAUCGACGAGCUGGCGACCUCAUACGAGCACACAGCGCUCGCCGCCUGCUCGCUCACUUGUCGCGCGUGGCUGCAUCGCUGUCGGUCUCACAUACACAAAACGCUUAGACUCGACCACAACAGCAGGAUCGACCGUCUCACAGAGCUCUACUCUGGCUACCUCGCAGAUUACAUCCAAUGCCUCAGCAUCGACGCUUGCGAUACCGGCGGCACCGAGAUGCCCAUCCCCCACCCCUGGCUCGAUGCUGCUCGCCCGUUGCUGAAGAUGCUCAAGCGAAUAAACAGACUUUCGCUGGACGGCAUCACUUGGAACGACUUCGAGCCGGAGACGAAACAGCUAUUCCUUACGCAAUUUCCGCUCGUGACGGACAUAUGGGCGGCGACGUGCGACUUCUGGGACUCGCGCGAGUUCGUACGCCUCCUACAGGCGUUUCCGAACUUGAAGGUAUUACGGAUGGAGACGUCAGAUUGGGAGUUGGCGGAAUGCGAUGAUGUGUUGAAGGAGAACCCGCCCACUCUCCACCUCGACCACCUGGAUGCGGGGGAGUUGUGUAGCGGACCGGCGGAUAUCGCGCGGUGGGCGUCCAGCAACCGUACAGAGGUUUCUAUCAAGAAUAUCCACUUUGCGUGGCAAGGGUGUGAGAGCACACAAAGCUUGGGCCAACUUUUGCGUGCCGCUGGAUCCUCGUUGAAGCACUUAUCCGUGCUUGUGGAGGAUCAUGGCAGACCGCCAUCCCAUUCCAAUGAUGAUCAUCUAACCCUUCGCCACAAUUCUGAGCUGAACACUAUAUCGCUGUUUCCUCGCCUCGAGGUGCCUGAAAGCGCCGACAUUUCCUGGGUAUCAGAUAUCCUCUCCGACGUAUCGUCGCCUCGUCUGGAGAUGGUUGCCGUCUAUAUCAAAGUCCCAUCUUACAACCACUUGACGCACUCCAAUUGCAGGUGGGAUACGAUUGAUAAAGCGCUUUCCAAUCGCAAUUUAGAGAGCCUGAAAAGAGUGGAUGUGUGCGUUCUUAGGCCUAUCGGGAGCGGUGGUGACUCUCUUGAUCCAAACGUCCCCGGCUUCUUAAGGACACUUAUGCCAACACUGGAAUCGCUCUUCGAGUCGUAUGACUACGGGCACGGGUUCAUCCGUGCCCAGAGAGAGGACAUGCAACCCGGUUUUCGAGAAUUUGACAUUGGCCCCAUUCAUUUCAGGGGGUCACGAUGA